AUGGGCCGUCGGCUCAUCCGUGGUCUUUCUGGAGCUGCAGUCUUCCUCGUCAGCGUGGUGUUCCUCUCCGUGAGGCACCGUGGGGCUCAGGAAACACCUCAGCACCCAGGGCUUGGGGAGGGGAUGCUGGAGAAGCUGGAGCAACGGAGCAAAGUGAGCCCAGAGGGAGGUGGUGGCAGGGGACAGAAGGACCUCAAAGCCCAUCCUCUGGAGGGAUCCAGGGCUGAGGGAAGCCUGACGCUUGAAGACGUCUUCAUAGCCGUGAAGACAACCAAGAGAUUUCACCAGAGCAGGAUGGAGCUGCUCUUGGACACGUGGAUAUCUCGGGUCAGAGAGCAGACCUACGUCUUCACUGAUGAAGAAGAUGAUGCCCUGGAAAGGAGAAUGGGCAACCAUGUGAUCUUCACCAACUGCUCUGCUGAGCACAGCCACAAGGCCCUCUCCUGCAAGAUGGCUGCUGAGUUUGAUGCCUUCCUGGCCAGUGGCCGGAGCUGGUUUUGCCAUUUGGAUGAUGACAACUACCUGAACCCUCGGGCCCUCCUGAAGCUCUUGUCCUCCUACUCUGCAAGGAGAGAUGUUUAUCUGGGGAAACCCAGCCUGAACAGACCCAUCUGGGCCUCCGAAAUGCUGCCAAACAACCAGACGAAAUUUGUGCACUUCUGGUUUGCCACAGGAGGAGCUGGGUUUUGCAUCAGCCACAAGCUGGCAAGCAAGAUGGUGCCGUGGGCCAGUGGCAGGAACUUUCUGAGCACUUCCCAGCUCAUUCGCCUGCCGGACGACUGCACUGUGGGUUACAUCAUAGAGUGCAAAGUUGGUGGCCAGCUGCUGCCUAACUCCCUCUUCCACUCCCACUUGGAGAACCUCCAGCUCAUCCCUGCCUCUCGGCUCACCCAGCAGGUCACCCUCAGCUACGGGGUCUUUGAGAACAAGCUCAAUGUCAUUGAACUCAGUGGCCCCUUCUCACUCCAAGAGGAUCCCUCAAGGUUUCGAUCACUUCACUGCCAUCUCUACCCCGACACCUCCUGGUGCCUGCAGGCUGCUGGCUGGUGA